GGCAUCAGCUUUUUGGACGUUAGAUAUCAUCUUCUUUUGGAAUAUCUGCUGAAUCUGAUAUGCGUAAUGGACUUGAAACUUGGCAAAAAGUCAAUUGUUGAUGAAGAUGGAAUUGUCCGACUCAUUGAAAUACGCACCGUUUUGGAACGAAUGCGAGGAGUUCAUCAGAAACUGCAGUAUCAAAUUGAUAAGCUUCUACAGAAAGCCGCUUUCCGGUCAGCAGGUAUCGUUCGCACUUUUUUGGCGCAGUUUGGCUACACUUGCAUUUAUUGUCUGAAAGAGAAUGCGCUUGAACAGAAGGUCGAAAAUGAGGAUGAAAAUAGAAGUUGCAGCGUUGCUGUUGAUGAAACUUGUAUAUCAAAAAAAUAUGUUCCUCCAAAGCUGAUGUAUGUUCCUUACGACGAGAAACCAAAUAGCUUUGAGGAGAAAAUCAAGAAAAACACGUUGAGAAAGAGUGUGAUCAAGGAUCUUCAGAGUCAGUAUAGCGAAGCCCCGGAAGAAAUUGAGUGGCCUGCUUUUAUUGAAGGUACGAAGAAGAACAUUUUGUUCGGCUUCCGGUUUCCAGUACUGCGAGAUCAUCUCGAAAACGGGCCGGUUUUGUCUCUGAUAUGGUUGAGUUGUUUGAUUUAA